AUGCAUCCAUCUAAUUCGUUGGCGGAAGUGGCCGCCAUACAUCACCAAGAACGUCGACCUCGUCAUCUUCAUGACAUGUGCGGGUUUCGCAUGGACAUUCUCGACGGCGGUAACUACCGGCCUUAUUCAGAGGAGCGAGGGCGACUUGCUCGCCAACUGCUACUUUGA